UUGCUGCACGCAUGCAGAAGACAUCAGAGGUAUCAAUGGUAGUGACAAAUAUGACAUCUGCAGUAACUUCAACACCAGCGAGGAAAAGCAGAAUUAAACCACCUUUAGAAAUGAAGAAUUCAUCAGGGCAAAAUAAUGAAUUAAAAGUUGGAUUGGAUGUAGCGGAACCAGGAAACUCCGUUUACCUAGACCUCCUUGAAGAGCGGGCAGCUCACAAGCCUGUAGAAGAAAAGAACAUUAAGAAGAUAACUGCCAGCAAAGUUGUUGAAAUACUGCAGCAGGAAGAUGAAAAAAAUGAAAUUUCACAAACAACACUGCAAGGAAGAUUGGAUGAUAUUAUUCCAGACUCUCAGCCUGUGAUGAAACAAAAACCAUUAUUACCUGGUCUUUUAGACAAUAUUCACAAGAAUGGGAAGUGUUUCCCCAAGAAGAGAUGCUGGGUUUCUGAUAGUCCUGCAUCAAGUUGUAGUACUGUGGAAAGACAAACUACAUGUACAAAAUAUAUAUUUCAGCAAGGUAAUCCAAUUUGGCUGCUAAAUUACGUUGUGGGUAUCUCACAUUCUCAUCUUGUAUUUCUCACAUUUAUUUAUGACAUGGAAGGAGGCAUAGAGUCAUUGAGCUAUACAGCACAGAAACGGGCCUUUAGUCUGUGCAGACCAUGUUGCCUAAAUGAGCUAGUCCCACUUAUCUGCAGCUGGUCCACAUUUCUCCAAACCUUUCCUAUUCAAGUACCUGUCCAAUUGUCUUUUAAAGGUCGCAGUUGUACCCAGAUCUACCACUUCCUCUGGCAGCUUGUUCCACAUAUACACCAUCCACUGUGAAAAAGCCAUUUUGUCCAACUGUGUAUACCUUCACAUCAAUCCCCGGCCCCCAAUUAUUUCACUAUGCAUAAUAUACAAUAGCCAAAUAGCCUACCAAACAGUUUGACUUUGGUGCAUGGGGGGGGCGGACAGGAGUAGAGGAAACCCACCCAGUCACAAGGAGAACAUACAAACUCCAGCAUCAGAGGUCAGGGUAGAACUAGGUCGCUGGAGCUAUGAUGAAGCGACACCUACCUACUGUGUCGCUCAGCCAUCCAUAUCUAAUUUGUAACUUAUUUUACUAUGACUAACCUCUUGCUCAGCAAAUGUAGAUUUUUUCCUUAGACAGUUG